AAGUCAUCUCUUGUCUUCAUCUUCUGAUCCAAAGUCUCUAAUCAUUUGUGAGCGCGAAUAAUCUCACAAACUCUAUUUUAUAAUAUACCCAUAAAGCAUCUUCAGCCAGAACAUGGAGAUCUUUCAAUGGCUCUUCAAGUUAGGAAAGGCACCAGAGAGAUCAGAGUCCUGUUCAAUCAGUUGUACUGAUCAUGAACCCACCACAACUUUACAAAAUCGCAGAACAAGAAGAUCAUCAACAAGAGGGUCUAAACAUAGAGAACAAAAGAAAUACAGAGGAAUCUGGUUAUGGUGUAGAAAAGAUGUAGCUGAAGCUUGUUUCUAUAGCACAUUGACUCUAAAAAGACUUAUCAGCUAUAGGAAAGAACAGUAUCUUCGCUCCAUGGCAAAGUCAAAGGAGAAAGGAGGAAGAGGAGAAGAAGAAGAAGUGAUAUCAACAAGAUUUGAUCCUAAAAAGACUAUCAAAGUCGUUGAACCAGAGAAACAUGACACAAGUAGUAAAGAGAAGGAAAAAAGCGAGCAGGGCAAAGCUAAGGCCACACUUUUAAGGAUGAAGGAGCUUAUUAGAUGGGCUGCGGCAGCCAAAUCCGACAAAGCUGUCAAAUUCUUUACCCCUAAGAUAAUGGAGUCAAGAAACCAAAGAAAGUUGAAGAUGAUGAGAGAAGUGAAUGAAGAAUCAAAAAGGAUGAGUUGUGAAUCUGCAAAGAUAAGUUUGAGAUAUGAGAGUUGUGAGAGUUGCACAACACUCUCUUCCUCUGAUCACAUCUCCAUAGUUUCUUCACCAUCAAUCUUCGUUUCCUUGGGUCCUACGCCACUAUAUCCAUGUCGAUCCAGGAAAGGCAACUGGAUCACUACUGAUUCUGAAUUUGUGGUGUUAGAGUUAUGAAGAGAAGAAGAUGUGGAUGACGACAAUGAUAAGUACAACCAAUUGAUUCUCGUUCGGUAAACAAAUUUUGAAAGAUUUUAUUUGAGUAAUUAAUAUAUAACCAUUGUUUUCAUGAUUUCAAUUUUCUUUUGUAUUUUAUGUAAUUCAUAUAAGAAAAAUUAUCUGACAAAAGUUACGUUUCUU